ACGUAUUAUAUUAUGUUGACUUCAAGCUCAACUCUUGGCCUCCAUCAAUGUCGAGGAGCCUGCUGCGUCCAGAAUACUUCGAUUACCUCAGAAGAUCGCUUAAAGUGGCGUCAAAUUCACCUUCCUUUAUUGUCGCAUGGAAGCACCAACACUGGAAUGAUAACCUCUUAAAUCCUUCCAAGGCUUUCGACGUCGUCACCACUAACAAAGCCAUAACAUUCCGCUGCCAAACCGGAGAGAUAGAUGUCGCCCGCCACCUGUUCGACACAAUGCCUGAACGAACAACCGUCUCUUGGAACACCAUGAUUACAGGAUAUUCAAACUGGAAAAUGGUCCCCGAAGCACUAGGCUUAAUCUCCCUGAUGCAUCAUUCCGACGUGAAGCUCAACGAGACUACAUUCUCGAUGUCGCUGAGCCUGUGCGGGCGCGCGCAGCUGCUGGCCGGCGGAAAGCAGAUUCAUGGACUGGUCAUAAAAUCGGAGCACCGAAGGUUCAAGUUUGUGGGGAGUGCGUUGCUGUUCAUGUACGCCAAUUGCCUCGAAAUAGCGGAUGGACACAAGGUGUUCGACGAAUUGCGGCAAGAGAAUGAACUGUUGUGGAGCUUGAUGCUGGCCGGAUACGUGGAAUGCAAUCUGAUGAGCGAAGCAGUGAGUGUUUUCGAGAGAAUGCCGAGGCAGGGCGUGGUGGAGUGGACGACAUUGAUUGCAGGGUAUGUGAAGAGUGAAGGUGGGUGUAAGAAGGCCUUGGAGAUGUUCAAGAUGAUGAGGAGUGAUUGUCAGGCUGUUCCGAAUGAGUUUACAUUGGACUGUGUGGUGAGGGCUUGUGCUAUCUUGGAGGAUAUGCCCGGCGGCAGGGCGAUUCAUGGGCUUGUGGUGAAGGUUGGGGUUGAAAGCGAGUGUUCGAUAGGUACUUCGUUGAUUUUCUUGUAUUGGAAUUGUAAAUCGAGGGAUGAUGCGAAGAAAGUUUACGGUGGCAUGUUUAGCCCCAGUUUGAAUGCAUCAAAUGAGCUAAUUCGAGGGCUGAUAAAGUUGGGUCAGGUAGAUGAAGCUGAGUUGAUUUUCAGCAAAAUGGCUGAGAGGAAUCCGGUUUCUUACCAUCAGAUGAUUAAAGGGUAUGCGAUGUGCGGUCAGGUUGUGGAUGCGGAGAGGCUGUUUUCGCAAAUGCCGGUUAGGUUGUUGACCUCUCUGAACACCAUGAUCUCUGUGUACACAAGAAAUGGUGAUAUGGACAGAGCUUUGGAUCUUUUUGAGAAGGUGAAAGGAGAAGGUAACCCUGUGACUUGGAACUCAAUGAUUACGGGAUAUGUUCAUAACGAUCAGCACGAAAAGGCCCUUCAAUUGUAUCUGACCAUGCACGGACUGUCUAUAAGUCGAACUAGAUCAACAUUUUCUGUGUUGUUUCAAGCGUGUGCGUGCUUGGGAUCUCUUCGACAGGCGGAAGUAUUCCAUGCACAUCUGGAGAAAACACCAUUCUCAUCCAAUGUCUAUGUUGGCACAGCUCUCAUCAACAUGUACUCAAAAUGCGGAAGCAUUGCCAGCACGAGGGCAGCUUUUAGAUGCAUAACUUCUCCUAAUGUGGCAGCGUGGACGGCACUGAUCAACGGGCACGCAGACCAUGGACUUGGCUCGGGCGCAAUCUCAUUAUUCAAGCUGAUGCUAGAGAGGGACGUAGUUCCAAAUGCUGCGACUUUUGUGGCUGUCUUAUCUGCUUGUGCCCGAGCAGGAUUUUUGAAGGAGGGACUGAGGUAUUUCCAUCAAAUGGAAGAGCAGUAUGGUAUAAGUCCAUCCUUGGAGCACUUCACUUGUGUUGUGGACCUCCUUGGUCGAACAGGUCUCGUCCAUGAAGCUGAGGAAUUCAUUGAAGGAAUGCCGAUGGAAGCAGACAAAGUUCUGCUGAAUGCAUUGCUCCACGCUUGCUGGUUUUGGAUGGACAUGAGGACUGGGGAGCGAGUGGCUAGAAAGAUGUUUGCAUUGGAUCCGAACCCGUCUCCUGCCUGUGUGAUGAUGUCUAACAUGUACUCAAGCUCAGGGAAAUGGGGGCAGCACCUGAAGAUGAGAGACAUUUUAAAAGAAUGGAGAGUUAAUAAGGAUCCUGGUUGUAGCUGGAUAGAUGUAAACAACAGAACACAUGUUUUUUCUGUAGAUUAUCGAAGCCAUCCGAAAACAGACAUGAUCUAUUCAAUUUUGAAGUCCCUAAAAGUGAAUACCCUAUCAACUCAAGUAACAGGAAGUUGUAUUCCUGAAUAGCCUAUUGUUAUGACCAAACAUGCUGUGCAUCUACCUGACCAUGAGAUUUACAGUCAUCCUUAAAUUACCUGGAAAAUAUUGUUCGGAGCUCUCAGAGUUCU